AUGAGGGAAAGUGAAUUUGUCAAUGAUUACUUUGCAAGAACUCUGGCUAUUGUAAAUCGAAUGACAACACAUAGAGAAAAGAUGGAACAAAUUGUGAUUAUGGAGAAAAUCUUGAGGUUUGUGCCUGCAAAAUUCAAUUAUAUGGUGUGCUCUAUAGAGGAAUCGAACGAUGUAACAGCUAUGUCAAUUGAUGAGCUUCAGAGCAGUUUUCUUGUUCAUGAACAAAGAAUGAAAGAACAAAUUAAUCAUAGUAAAGAACAAGAUCUCAAGAUGAGCUACACUGGUAAAGGUAGAGGAAGAAAUGCCUCUAGGGUCGUGCUAGAGGAAGAGUGA